AUGGGACCACCGGCGCGGCAAACGCAACAACGCGGCGGCGGCGGCUACCCGCGCGUCAAGCCGCCCAUACCCUUCGACAGCGAAGAAAUACGCGGCGAUGGAUUCAACAGUCUGUCGUGGCAUUAUGAUGCCCAAAAAGAAACCGAUAUCCCCGUGCUUCCGCCGUCGCCGUACAAAGUGGACUCUCCGGACCCGGAGUCGCUCUGGCCCGAGGGUCUCUUUCUACCGCCCCUCAGCGCCUCCCGUUUCGGCUUCGGCCGCAGGACUGACGCCGAACCGGAAAUGGUUGAUCCAUACCUGCUGGAAGGCUCGGAAGCGAUAGCGGCGGUGGCGCUGGCGCGGAAGCGCGGUGUAUACUACUUCCACGAUAUACCUCACAUAGAGUCCCUGCUCGCCAACCAGGAGCUCCGGGCGCAGAACCGCCUGCAGCCGCACCGCGUCGCCAGCAUACGGCACACGUGGCCGUACAACCGACCUUAGUACGACGAACAACG